ACACACACACACACACACACACUUCAGAUCCACGGACUGUAGGAUGCUCGCAGACUCUUCUCGAGCACUCAAACAGCAUCAUGUCGACUGUAAUGAGAAUGAGCGGCUUAGUAAACAUGUCGAGCCUCGCGGAUUUUGAGGCGCUCGCACCAGCAAUCCCCGCCACUAAAGUUGAGAUCAGUGUGUCGUGCAGAAACCUCUUGGAUAGAGACACUUUCUCAAAAUCUGAUCCAAUUUGUGUGCUGUAUACUCAAACAGUGGUAAACAGGGAGUGGAGAGAGUUUGGCCGGACAGAAGUUAUUGAUAACACCCUGAAUCCAGACUUUGUGCACAAAUUCAUCCUUGAUUAUUUCUUUGAGGAGAGACAAAAUUUACGCUUUGACCUGUAUGACCUUGACUCGAAGAGUGAAAACCUUUCCAAACAUGACUUCCUGGGCCAGAUGUACUGUACACUGGGAGAGGUGGUGGGCUCUCUGGGUAGUCGAAUGGAAAGACCGCUCAUAGGUAUUCCUGGCAAAAACUGUGGGACCAUUAUCGUGAAAGCAGAGGAGCUAGGAAAUUGCAGGGAGUCAGUACUGAUGCAGUUUUGUGGCAACAAGCUAGACAAGAAAGAUUUCUUUGGAAAGUCAGACCCUUUCCUUGUCUUCUAUCGUACCAAUGAAGAUGGAACAUUCACCAUCUGCCAUAAGACAGAGGUUGUAAAAAACACACUUGACCCUGUGUGGCAGGCCUUCAAGAUCCCUGUCAGAGCGCUGUGUAAUGGAGAUUAUGACAGAGCAAUAAAAAUCGAGGUGUAUGACUGGGACAGAGAUGGCGGUCAUGACUACAUCGGAGAGUUCAGCACCAGCUACAGGGAGCUGUCUAAAGGUCACUCUCACUUCACCGUGUGGGAGGUGCUGAACCCCAAGAAGAAGAAAAAGAAGAAAAAAUAUCUAAACUCAGGAACCGUCACCCUGCUGUCCUGCUUCAUUGAUGUUGAGGUCACGUUCCUGGACUACAUCAAAGGAGGCACGCAAAUAAAUUUCACGGUGGCGAUUGAUUUUACAGCAUCAAACGGCAACCCUUCCCAGCCUACCUCUCUGCAUUACAUGAGCCCGUAUCACCUGAACGCAUACGCGCUGGCCUUGAGAGCCGUCGGAGAGAUUAUUCAGGACUAUGACAGUGAUAAGAUGUUCCCUGCACUGGGGUUUGGUGCAAAACUGCCUCCUGACGGUCAUGUAUCUCAUGAAUUCCCCCUGAAUGGAAACCCUAAUAAUCCAUACUGUAGCGGUAUAGAUGGGAUACUAGAGGCUUAUUAUCAGAGUCUGAAGUCGGUUCGUCUCUAUGGUCCAACAUACUUCUCACCAGUCAUUAAUCAUGUAGCACGGUAUGCAUCGCUGGUAAAGGACGGCUCUGAAUAUUUUAUCCUUCUCAUCAUUUCUGAUGGCGUCAUCUCUGACAUGGCUCAGACUAAAGAGUCCAUUGUGAACGCCUCUUGUCUUCCCAUGUCAAUUAUAAUCGUUGGAGUCGGGCCGGCUGAGUUUGAUGAGAUGAUUGAACUGGACGGAGAUGAGGUCAGGAUAUCAUCCAGGGGACGCUUCGCCGAGAGAGACAUUGUUCAGUUUGUUCCUUUCCGUGACUACAUCGAUCGCAGGGGUAAUCACAUUCUCAGCAUGGCCCGCCUGGCAAAGGACGUUCUUGCGGAAAUCCCAGAUCAGUUCCUCCAGUACAUGAGGAGCAGAGGCAUCAAGCCGCAGACUGCGCCCCACUCCACGUCCUCCAAACCUCCAUCAACCUCCGUCGUACCCUCCGUCCACUCGCUUCAAACACAGAUCUGAGCGAGCGCACAAACAGCGCGUCGUCCGUUCGUGUCACUGUUGCUCUCAGGACCACACGAGGUCUUUCUGAGGAAACGGCACGCACUCAGUACAUGAGCAUAUAUCGGGGUGUCGUGUGACAGCUCUUCACCCGGUACCGUCUUUUGUGCAGAGUUUUAGAUGGACUGUUUUUAACUAUCGAGUGGCCUCUUCGUUCAAAUGUCAAAUAUGACUCCACUAUCUGCGUGUCUCACGUACAUCUUUUGUCUGGCGACCUCGAAGCAAACGUUUACAAUCGUACCAUUUUUUACAUGGAUGUUUUUGUAUCUCUAUGAAAACAUGAACUGCCAAAGCUCUGAGCACGGGAAUUUUCACUCAUUUUGUUACAUGAAGGAAAAAGCAAGAGUUUGAGAUUAUAGAAAAAGCCACUCUCGGUGAGAUGAACUGUUUCUAGAAACACAUUGGUGCGUGGCCUUGCUUUCAUUUUCUUGUGUUUGUCAGACUGUAAAGAAUUAAUGCUCAGCUUUCACAACAUAAGCACAACACAUUCAGAGAUCAAAACAAAAAGCCUUACUUUCAGUUUAAAUCAAUACUGUAGGUUACACAGAAUAAAUAUUUUCAGGUCAUACCCUACCAUUUCCAGGUUUUUGUUGACAUUCUGUGAAACGUUGUCUGGGUGAACGAACAUCAUAUGGGUUUGAAAUGGAGUAAAUAUGACAUCAUUUAUAUAUUGUUGUAUAAACGAUUUCUAUAAACACAGAACUGUAGCUGCUCUCGAUAUCUGUAUCCAAGCACAGAUGUAGCAUACUUUCAAAACGCGAACCACACAAGUGACAUGUUUUGCAUGCAGUUUUGGGGUAAACUUACAGUUUAAAUGCAGGUUUGUUAAUUGGGUCAUUCUACAUCAAAUUGCAUCUACACAUUUCUAUAGAAAACCACAUAUUACAUAGAUAUAUAAUGUAUUAAAUCAUCAAUUUCAAUACAUCUUUAACUAACUUAUAAUAGCAUUUAUUGUUUGUAAAAACAAUAUUUACAAAUAUUAAUGUUUUGAAAGUCGCUUGCAUGAAAAUAUGCAUGUCAAUUAUAAUGCAUUUUGUAGUUACAAGAAUAGAUUUGUUGUAUAAUGUUUACCAGGGGUUUACCAAUUGAAUAUAUAUAAAAAAACUUUUUUUUCACCUCAGAUGUUUCAUUUUAAGUGUUUACACUGUAAGACAAUACCGAAUAUGUUUUUAUGUUACCGUAACUUAUAAAAACAAGUUGAAAUUGUUUAACUUGUUUAUAACUUAAAAUAAUAGGUUGAAUUGACUUACAAAACCAAGUUGUUUAAACUUCAUGUUCCUUUUUUACAGUGUAGUUGUUACCAAUUGAAGUAAUUUUUAAAGAGCCAGUUAGAUGCCAAUUUUAAGCAUCCUGUCACUGUUAAUAAGUCCCGGACAACAGGUUUAAGUGCAUGCAAAGUAAAAAACAA